CUAAUAUCCUCAAAGCACAAAUACUCAUAUAGUUCAUUAAUCUUGAAAAUUAAAUAUACUAUGGCUACAGGGCUUGAGAUUGGUGCAAAGGGUUCUGGUUCGGCACCACAAACCGGGAUGAACCGCGGAGUUGCCGUGCUCGACUUCAUCCUCAGGCUCGUCGCUAUUGUAGCGACCCUAGCAAGCGCCAUUGCCAUGGCCACAACCGACGAGUCGCUUCCCUUUUUCACUCAGUUCAUCAGGUUCAGGGCCGAAUAUAACGACCUCCCAACAUUUACGUUUUUCGUGGUGGCGAAUGCUGUCGUGAGCGCCUACUUACUUCUCUCUUUGGCUUUGUCGAUCUUCCACAUCGUACGGAGCGGCUCGCAAAACAGUCGAGUCGUGCUCAUUUUCUUUGACGCGGGAAUGCUGGCACUUCUUACAGCCGGGGCCUCGGCUGCAGCCGCGAUCGUGUACCUUGCGCACAAGGGUAACGCGCGGACCAACUGGUUCGCGAUUUGCCAGCAGUACAACUCGUUCUGCGAACGGACUUCGGGCUCAUUGAUCGGGUCGUUUGGUGCGAUUAUCGUGCUCGUCUUGCUUAUUCUUAUGUUGGCCGUGACUUUGGCUCGCCAGCAUUGAUCGUGACAAUUAAUCCAUUGUUUGGUGUGGUGGUUUGGUUAUGUAUGUAUAUACUGUGGUAAAUCAAAUUUGAUUUGGUUUGUUAUUUGUAAUGUUGUCCUUUGGAUUUGAAUGCAGAGUUUGGCGUUUUUUUCCUUACUUGGUUUUAUUUUGUCAUAAGGUGCUGAUAAAAGGAAAAGUUUGAAUGAGAUGACAUUGUGAGUUUAUGAGUAUCUGUGUAGGUGUCUUGUAACAACAGUUCUAUUUGAAAUCGCAAGCAAUCCCAUAAAGAACCUAG